UCCUUUUUUUGUCUGAAACAAAUUUUGCUUUUACCAAUCAACCACUGUCAGAGCAAUAAGACGCCCUGGUUGUCCUGCAUCCUGAUCAUCUUUCAAAGCAUUCAGAAAAUCCAACCACAGAAAAUGGAAAAUGGUGAAGGACCUUCUACAGGUAUCCCAGAUAUCCCGGCACCACCAUAUCCUGGUCCUCCUUUGGACUACAAUCCACUACCACAAUCCACACCUGAUUUUCAGCCUGCAACCCAGCCUGUGGCACAGCAAUAUAACCAGCCAGUAAUCCAACCUGUUGCUCAGCAUUAUCAACAACCUGUUGAUCAGCAAUAUCCCCAGAGUGAAGUACAGCAGUAUCAACAGUCUGUUGAUCAGCAAUAUCCUCAGCAGCAAUAUCCCCAGUCUGUUGCUCCGCAGUAUCACCAAAUGGAUUUUCAGCAAUAUCCUCAGCAAUAUCUUAAGAAUGAUCAACAGCCGGUUGUGCAGUAUAUGGCACAACAAAAUCAAGUUGCUCAACCAGUGAAACAGGUGACUGUAGUGCAACCGAGGCCCACUGAUGCUCCUGGAAGCAUGCUAUGUCCGCAUUGCCAGACCAGAGUUGUGACCUCAAUUGAAUACAAACUGGGCCUCCUUACCUGGUUAAUUGUUGGAUCACUGUUUAUUAUAGGGGUCUGGCCCUGCUGUUUAAUCCCCUUCUGUGUGAAUGCUUGCAAGGAUGUGCAGCAUUCCUGUCCACAAUGCAACAAUGUCCUGCACAUCCACAAAUUAUUGUGAAGCACAGUGAAACCAGCAGUGACCUGUAUAAAAGUGGAAUUUCCAUUAUGGUUACAUUUAUCAUUUUUCCCUGAUAUCUUCUAUCAUAUUCUUAUAAGAUGUUACCUUGUGGUGUUUUAUUCUGAAAAUAUGUUUCAUUUUUUUUUAUUUGGGACAAAUUAUCACUUUUAUAUACUUGCCUUCUAUUAAAAUAAUAUAAAAUGAUCUAUGUUUUAGAUAAAAAAAGGAUAUUCUUAAAUUACAGAUUAUACAUGUAUUUUGUUCUUCAUUGGGAUAAUUUGACCGUUAUUAUAGUAGUUUUGUUAGUAAAAAUAAUUUUUCAUUGCUAUAAAUAAUUAAACAUCUGAUAAAUGUUUAAAAGCAUUAUGAUUGUAUGCAACAUACAAGAUAUUAGAUUAAUACAGUUUUUUCUUGGUUUGUAUUUGCCUUGCCUUAUAAUACGUAUUUUUGUGCAUCAUGAAGAUCACCAUUGUAAAA